GAAAAAAGAGUGGCACUGGAGCCCGAUGACUGAUGACCCACGAAAUACACCCCCAUGCUACCCUGAAAGUUGGAGUACAGGAACUGGGAAUAUUCUGGAGGAAGGGUCAGGGACACAGACUGAACAGUGUUCUACCUUUUUUUUCCUGAGGCACACUUUAGUGUUUAAACUCUUCUGAGCCCCCCCCCCCCCCCCCCCCGGCUUUUCUUUGACAAUGGAACCCACUCACAUCUGCACUAACCAAAACAUUUCUCCUGGAGCCAGACGAUUUCUUUCAUCACAGGAGCCCUAAAGAUAUGUGGAGACACACUCCUCUAAGUGUGUCCUUGUGUGUUUGUGUGUAUGUGUGUGUGUGUGUAUGUGCCUGUGCAUGCUGGGACAAGUGUGUAAAAGGAUGUGGGUUAAUCUUCAGAAGGUGAACAGCCGAUGUUUGAUAGCUAAUCCCUUGUCAGGCCCCAUUAGUUGUCACACAUUGCUAAUUGAGCAAAUCCAACAGGCGCAAGCUGUGUAGCUAAAGCACAUGCUCAGACUCUUUAUGAUACCCCGAAAUGUACAUGUGCAUUUAAAGUAUGAUACAAGCUGUCAGGACGUAAUUCACUAAACAAAAUGACAUUUCUGUUUAUGCUCUGUAACACAGAAACUGCAGCUUGAACAACAGCUGACUGGACACUCUGACUGUUGAGCUUCACUUGCAUGACAAAAUGUUUAUGAAGGUCAAGUGUCUUUGUACCAGACAAAUCUCUUAAAUUCACUUGUGACCCCAGUCUCUAACCUCACUGCCAGGUUCUUGCUAUCUCUAAUCUGAUUGGCUCAGUCUUUGUUCCUGACCAGGUAAGCCCCACCCCCCGGCUUUAGCCUCUGAGCUGACGUUUAUCCCAGGAUACACACCAUAAGCUGCUGUCUGCUUUUUAAUGUGUAUGGGGAGGGGGGUCAAUGUGUGCAUUAUUGUGUGUGGGUGUGUGAGGCCAGUGUUAUCUGUUGUUGUUGUCACUUUGUUUAUUCCUAAAAGCUUCAGCGUGGCUUUUUGAGUGGUUUUUUUUUUCGGUGGUUUUUUGUUUGAGAAUCAGAGAUGCUGCUUCCAUCACAAGUCAGGAGGAUAUGGAGACUGACAGACGUGCUGCAGAGGAUUUGACAACAACAGACAGAACUAGUUCCUGAGGCCUGACCGAGCCCAGGAAUGGCCCUCAAUGAACUGAAAUGGACUCUGUGUCAGGCCAAGGCUCUAGUCUGCUCACUGCUGGUCCUCCUAUGUCUGCACACAGCCACAGGAAUGUCAGGGUGGGGUGGAUGUCUGGAUGGUCAGGAUGUAUUUGCGACAAUAAGAGAAAACAGCCUUUCGGGAGAAAUUGUUGCAGAGCUCAUGGCUGACACCACAAUGGAGGAGGUACAAUGGAUCCUGGAUGGAAAGGAUGCUGAUUGGUUCUUCUUGGAUGAAAGACACAUCCGUCUGAACUCAUCAGAUGACAAGGUUCUUGACCGAGAGGCCCAGGGCCCUGUCCUAAUGGCUGAGUUGUCAUGUUAUGAGGAGGACACACUCCAGAGUGUCUACAGGAUCAUGGUGGAGAUUAUUAAUGAGAAUGAUAACUCACCUGUGUUUGCAGAAAACACUGUCCACUCUCUUAUUAUCAGUGAGCUGACUCCAGUGAAUACUGUGGUCUUUACUGUCCAGGCCACAGAUGCAGAUAACGACAAGAUCAUUUACUCCAUUGACCAAACAUCACCUGAUGCAGAGUACUUCAAGGUUGAGCUCCCAAACAGUGGAGAGGUGAUCCUGGGCAAGCCUCUAGACUAUGAGACCAAAACUCAGCUUACUGUCACUAUCUAUGCCUCGGAAAUGAGCACUGCUGAGCGCUUCAACACUAGCACCAACAUCACCAUCACCAUCCUGGAUGGAGAUGACCAGUACCCACAGUUCCUGCCCUGCAUGCUGCUUCUCCAAGAUGAGACCAGUCGCAUCUGCAUCAGCCCCAUGUACACAGUCAACAUCACAGAGGGGGAAGAGGACAUUGUGCUGGACUUCUCUCCUGGUCCCAUUCAUGCAGUGGAUGGAGACAGAGGACUCAGCUCUCCACUAAGUUAUUCCAUUCUCUCAGGAGACGACGACGGCCGUUUCCUGAUGGAUAAAGAGACAGCGGAGGUGAAACUGACUCGGGGGGUGAGAGACAGACUCACUACUCCAGCGCUGCAUCUUCAGGUCAUGGCAUACCAGGAUGAUGACCCCAGGAAGUACUCUGUUGCUACAGUGUUGGUCCGAGUCCUGGCAGUGAACCACUUUCGUCCACAGUUUGAUAAGGCUCAAUAUCAUGGCUUUGUAACUGCUGGAAAGAGCCCCGCCUCUCUGGUCAACACCUAUGGCAGCAGAGCACUGAUGUUACAUGUACAAGACCAGGAUUUUAACCAUGGUGUCAACCCCAAGCUCUACUUCACCUUCAGUCCUACAUCCAAUUACACAGACAUCUACCAAUUCACACAUGAGGGACUUCUGAUCGCCAGGACCGAUCAUCUCAAACCAAAACAGAAACACACUCUAGAGGUAACGGCUAUAGACCAGGAGUCAGGUGAUGCCACCUUUACUACUGUAGUGGUUGAGGUGUUAUCUGAAGGACAAUCAAUCCCUCAUAGUCCACUGGGAGAUGAACGCCUGAUAAGCUGUACUGUAGGCAAAGCGCUGUUCCUGAGCGUGGUACUCAUGACUAUGCUUGGAUGUACCUUGUCUGUGGUGAUGUGGCUGAAGAAGAAACGCAAGGGAAAGAGGGACCCACUGCAGAGAGGCUGCGUUGCCCAGGGCAAACACCCCAAUGUGAGUUUACGGUGGUUCCAACUGGUGAGUCACCGCAGUGCCAUGUCACACAUGGACGAAGUACCCUUUAACAAUGAAGAGUAUGGAACCUACAAUCCGUCCUUCAGCUUCCCUGAGAAACCUGGCCUCUACACCCACCAAGACCCCCCUUCCUUCCAAGGACCCGUUCCACCUAAAACAACUGCUGCACCCGACAUAAGCUUCAUCCCCACUGAAAGUGUGUGCAUCCCUGUGGACUUCAGUAACAAUGUUUCUGCACCACCCAAAAGCUCCUCUAGUUCACCCACUGUGGAUGUAAGCCCGACACACAUAGCUCAAGAUGCUGCAUCUCCCAAAGAAAACCUUGACGCAGCACCUGCUACAUCCCUGGACCCUACUGAGGCAAUACGCAACACCAGUCCUAACCCUGAAACCCAUGUUGGCACUAGCACUCCACCUUUAACCUGUCCUGAUUCACAAACUUCGCAAACAGGCACCAGUGAUGACCCUGCUGACCCUGCCACCAGCCCCUCCUCUCAAUCCAGUGCUCCAUGCAGUGACACCCGAAUUGCUUCAGCAGAAAUAGACAAACCCUUCUGCAAACCUCGUGUGAAGACACCCCCACAUUCACCUUCACUGUCCUCCCCCCUCCCCGAGCAGACGAGCAACCCCCCACCCACCCCAGAGCAUGCACCUGUAAAAGCCAAGCUGGUACAUAUAGAUACGUCCCCCCUUGAUACACCUCCAGUCACACCAGAGCGAACAUCUAUGACUCUAAGCACAGAGGUAGACCGACCCUCCACGUCACUGGACCAAACAGACCAAUCAGAACUCCCAGGUGCAGAUGCAGGUAGUCCAUCUCAGGACAGAAGACCCUCAAUGAACUCAGGAAACACCCAGGACAGCCGCAAGGUGGGGGAUGAGGAUGCAGACAAGAACAGUGAUGAUGAGUUAGAGCCGGACGAAGAAGAGCUGCUCAGAGUGAUGGCUCGUUGCAAUCCCAUUUUUAUCACAUUUAGUAAGUAAGGACGGAUGACAGAGCAUGGAGGAGGUAAGGUGAAGGUGGAUGACAGACAGCGGAGCAAGAAAGAAACGCUACUGUCUGGUUCUGCUGUGCUGUAGGUACUGCUGAGACUUGGAAGAGGACAGAAUACUAAGAUACACAGCACAGGGGCCACAUAAGGAAAGACAUGCAUAUGUUCACACACUGUAUACUGUAUGAAAACACUUAAAAAAACACCUAACAACACACAUUAAUAUUGAUUAAUUAUAAUACACUAUGCUGUUACGUUCAUAGAAAAACAGGGAUGAGUGACCUCGAAUGCACAAGGCAUGGUUAAAAAAAAUCAAUUACUAUGUAUAAAGUAUGAUACAUUUUUCAACAAUACAGCAUAUUCAACCACGGUAACAAUUGCACAAAUUGACAUCUGUGAUGUCACAGUGGGUGUUCUUUUUCAGCUGUCAAUAGUAAAACACCUUUUAUGACAUCACGAGAGUAUGGAAUGUUCGACCAUUUGAAUUCACUGAGAAUCGUCCAGCAGCUGUGUGGUUCUGUGUAGAAUUACCCUUUCAAUAGCUGCAGGGUACUGUAUGUUCAAAACCUUUACAUAGCGUACUGCAGCGUUAAAUGUUUUAUUAUGCCUGUUCUACAAGCUGCCUCAGUUUUUUCUUUGAACAUGAGUAAAGUUAUUGUUUGACUGAAACAUUGAGCCAUGAGAAGUUAUUCAAGUGAAACUGUGCUGUGAUUGACCUGCUGAUUCAGAUGAUUAAAAUGAUGAUUAUUAGGAAUAAAAUUCAAAAUGGUUAUAGGGUGAAGAUAUUUCUGCCCAAAAACUAUGGCAGGAUCCUCAGCUACACAGACUAAGCUUUAAUUUCACAAAGAUAAACAGCUGGUGAUGUCUGAAAAAACCCAAAAGUUAUUAGACAAGAAUUUAAAAAUCUUUUUUGCCAAGCAGUAGGCAAUUUUUUUUUUAAAGCUCUUAUUUUAUCUUUUUGAGAAACAGAUGCUUAACUCUGUUACUCAAAUGUAGUGCUACUAUGUGACCAUGUUCACCAUCUUUGUUUAAGAAAGAUAGGAAAGUUGAGAUGAUCAAAAGUUUCAAUUUGCAGAUGUGUUUUGGUGAUGAAUAAGGGUGAGUUAGGCCCUAAACUGCUUGACUACAUGAGCAGUUACAAAUAGAAAGCUGCUUGUACAUUAAACUUUAUCUGGGUAUAUUGAAACAAAAGGUAACAUAAGUGCGACACGUAGUGAGAUGUGAAUUGGUUAAAGAAAAAGUCCCAAGCUUCAAUUCCUUAAUGCUGUAUGUAUAGGUGACAUGCCUUAACAAUAGACCACAAGCAUUAUAUGUGUAUUCAACUGUUACACUUUUGAGUGUCUGUAGAUUUAGAUUGUUAAUGCUUGAUUUAUUCAGGACAGAUUCGGGAAACAAAAUACUCUCCUGAGAGCAAUGGUGAGGGGAAAAGAGUGACACAACAAUGCAGAGAUCAGUGGGUCAACGGCCUGAAGGAAACCAGGAAACAGAGCAUUUCCUUAAAGAGGCAGAAGCCUGGGAAAAAAAUAUUUGUAAGAAAUGUAAAGCAUUUUUAGGUGACAAAAAACCCAAUAUGUUGGCAUGUCUAGCUUUCCACAGAAACAACUUCUGAGAAUAAUAGCUUGGCUAAGGCAUGAAGAACACCAUUAUAUUUGUAAUAGCAACAGCCAUGUAAAGAAUGCUUCACAACCAGCACAUCAAGUCAAAAGAAUACAGCAGACUAAUGGCUCCUAUUUUGUUGUUUUUAAUGAGACAUUCCUCUCAAUCACAAAAACUGGACCUGCUUGUUAGAGUGCUCAGUUUGCAGACCAACAACUUAUUUACAGUAAAGUCACUAGUGAAAGGCUUGUUGCUGCAGUGAGCCUGUAAAAAAACAUUGUCAUAUACAUACAGUAUAGCAUAAAAAAUAUCAACAGUGGUUAUAAAUGGUGGUAGUGAUAAUACAAGCAUAACAAACAUAUUUAUGAAGGGAAAGGAUUUUUUUCCAAACUGCUUACAAAAAAGGACAGAGAUUUUUUGCUUGGCACAAAAAUGAGUUAGUUCAGCUGAAUCAAACAAAACUCAAAACGUAACCUCAAACAACAGGAUGCGCCAGUCAUCAGAACUACUGUGUACACACAUAGAUUCUCUCUCACACACACACACGCGCACACACACACACACACGCACGCACACACACAC